AUGACCACCACCUCCACCUGCCACGGCGGAGCGCUCGCGCCGCACCGCCCACCGCCGCCGCUUCGUUGUACCUAUCCUCCUCAUCCGGUUCUCCGGCGACCUUACGGCCGCAGGCACAGUUGGAAACCGAUGCGAACAACAACAGAGGUCACUGGAAAACGCAUGCCAAGUGCUCGAGCAAAUGCCAAAGCGACGAGCCAAUGGGAUGAGGAGCCGCACGAAGCUUCUGAAUAUGGAGGACAGUAUUCUCUGGACGAGCUAGAUGUGGCGACUUUUCUCGAUCCUCCGAAGCCGCUCAUCCCGCUGGAUCCUUCUUCGUUCAACCCAGCUUCUUAUCUCUGGAAAAAGAUCGAGAACAUUCCAGAGGAAAGGCGGCAUCACUUGCUUUCCCUGCUAAAUCCGAGGCUUGUAUCGAGAGCUUGGGAGGUGGCAAGAAGACGAUAUGAUAAUCCUAAGUUAGUAAAGAAAAGGGCAUCUCGCAUGCUAUCUGAUGGAAAUCGUGCAGUGUCACUUGAGUUGUGGAGAUGCCAAACAAGCGGAGGUGAAUUACUGAAAAUGUGCAAGAAUAUUAAUCUGAUUCGGUUUGCUUACUCUAAUCCCAUGUCGGGAAUAAUGAAAUCCGUCAGCCCUUUGUACUUCAGUGUGAGAGAUAUCAAUGAGGUUAUGUCGACUGAGCAGCCUUGUGAUCUGGCUUAUGAAUUUGGAGAUGGACUUUUGGACCUUCCUGAAUAUCCUCAAGGAUUCCCUAAACCAGCAAAACAUCCGUGGCCGCUGAACGAUCAAGUUGUUAUAUAUAUACGGCACGUGGGCCCGGGGGUGAUGGUGGGGCAAGCAUGGCAAGAGGGUAAAGAGCUUCAACAAGUGCCCAAGAAGCUGUGUAAUGAGAUUCUUAUGGUGAAAGAUUAUUUGGUCAACAACAAGCAGAAUUGA